CUUUUUAAAAAAAAAUCGUAGCACUCUUUCUCUGUCUCCUCUCAAAUCAGAAAAGAAUCUGCCUUUUCACAUUCCUCAAUCUCUUCUUUUUAUUCUCAAAGGGAAUCUAUUUACCUUCGUUCCUUUUAAGUUAUUUGUCAUUACCAUUGCUUUCUCUUUGUCCGUUUCCUCUUGAAUCAGUUGAUAUUUAUGCUUCUUGGAUCCGAUUUUAUUAUUGUGGGUUUUGUCUGAAACCCUUUAUCUGCGUUUAUUUCUCUCUCUUUCUUACAGUUAAACAAGUUCUGUGCUCUUCUCUUGCUUAAAGUUUGUAGCUUUAUUGUUCCAUACCAAAUGGGCUAAACCCGGAGAAAGAGGUGUAAGCAAUUUUCUCCAUUGAUGAUAAACUGUUUCAAAGAUACAAUACAUGCUUUGAUGACUGUUUUGCUUUCAACUAAUGAAGAUGAUGGUCAUGAAGAGGCUGUUGAUGGUCAUAGGAAUGAUGUUAGAGAACAAGUGGACGCUAAGGAAGACGAAUGUCAAGUUGUUUGUCGUGCUCUCACCCUGAAAAGUAGUCUUAGAAAGGUGGAUUCUAAGAAGGAGAAGAAGAAGAAGGUACAAUGGGUGGAUGUGAUGGGGAUAAAAGAGCUUGCUGAGAUUCGAGAAUUCGAAUCCAGUGAAGAUGAUGAUAUUGACUCCGAUGGGGACAAAAACUGUGUCUGUGUUAUCCUUUGAUCGGUCCAUUUUAGCUUUAACGGAGGAUCCAAGGCAGAGGAUAGAUGAGGAGGUACAUACAUAUAGAGAGAAUCUGCAUUUGUUGUGUUUAUUGCUUCGCUUGAAGUCAUAUGGUGAUGAUUACCAACUCAGCUGAGAAGCAUUAUUUUCUUCUUUGUCUUCUUUCUAAAUGCUAAAUAGAGUAUAGAUAUUUCACUUCAUUCGUUUCUUCAUCCAUUUAAUGGUGUAAGGUACAAAUUUUAGCAAUUACUAUGUAAAUUAAUAUCUACUUAUGCAGCAUAUGAGUUUAACAUCACUAUGUAAAUCAAAUGUCUACAUGACAACUUUUAAUCGGUCUGGAACACUUCAGCAGCUUGUUGUCUUUGAUGCAGCUCCUUUACGUUUGUAACAAUAAGACUUUGUGUGCAUAGUUGUGUUGGCAAUUUCCAUAUCCAAGGUUUUCUACUUAUGUGUCCUCUCAAAGUUGUCUUCAACUUUA